GCGCUGGGAGAGUUUUUAGGAAACAGGGUUGCCCCAACUUCCAGCUGGGGCCUGCAGAUCUUCUGACAUCACAACAGAUCUUCCAGGCAGACACAGACUUGGCACUUGUCUUUAUAGAAGAAUCUGGCAGGGGAGAAGAGCAAUCCACUCAUCCAGACAGAGGCUCUUCAGAGAGGAACGGAGGAUGGGGGAACAGCUAGACUCAGCUGUCCUUGAAUCCAGAGAAAAUGUCAAUGCAUUCGAGACCGAGAGCAGAAAGGAACUGUGGGAAGGAACUUUGAAGAAGAGCCGGGGAGAUGCUGAUCUCCUCCCUGCACAUGUGCAGAACCAGCAAUUCAGGCAGUUCUGCUACCUGGAGGCCGAGGGACCCAGAGAGGUUUGCAGCCGACUCCACGGUCUCUGCCGCCAGUGGCUGAAGCCAGAAAUGCACAGCAAGAAAGAGAUGCUGGACCUGGUGAUCCUGGAGCAGUUCCUGGCCGUCCUGCCCCCAGAGAUGGGGAACUGGGUCAGGGAAUGUGGGCCAGAGACCAGUUCCCAGGCGGUGGCCCUGGCAGAAGGCUUCCUCUUGAGCCAAGAAGAGGACAAGAGUCAGAACCAGGAGGUGCAGGGAAGGAUCACACAGGAGGUUUAUCACAGAGGAACGCUUACGGAUGGUGCCCUACAUUCUUUGCCUUCUCUUUUGUGCAGAGAGAAAUCAGCUUCUGUGCAGCCUGAUUGGGGUCUGAUGACCUUUGGGGAGGUGUGUGUCCAUUUCUCUGAGGAGGAGUGGGCUCUGCUGGAUCCGGACCAAAGAAGGCUUCACAGUGAAGUCAUGGAGGACAAUCGUCAGAAUGUGGCCUCUCUGGAAGGGCUUCUGGUUCCUAAACCUGACUCCAUAUCCCCACUGGAAGAAGCAGGGGAUCCUCUUGGAGAGGUUCUAGAGAAAAGAAAGAGAUUAGCAGGGGAUAAUUGUCUAGAGAGCAAAUCUAAGGGAGAACCACAGCAUCUCCUAUAUGAUGAAAAAGAACAGAAAGGAAACACCGAAAUAAAAUGGAAGAGGGGGAAGGAAUGUUGUGUUUCUCAGGAUACUGAAUCCCAGAAAUGUGAUACAUCAGGAAAUAUUAACAUAGGUGAGAAACAAGAUAAGUGCAUUGAAUGUGGAAAGAGCUGUGGAUGGAAGGGAGAUGUUCCUGGACAUCAACCCCACAAAGGAGAUAUGCAUAAAUGUUUGGCAUGGGGAAAGAGCUUUGCUAAGCCUUGCAUUCUUGCAGCUUAUCAGCAAAUUCAGACCAGUGACAAAACAUACAGUUGCUUGGAGUGUGGAAAAAACUUUGCUCAGAGUUCACAGCUAACGCAACACCACUCAAUUCAUACAGGGGGAAAAUCUCAAAAAUGCUUGCAAGGUGGAAAGAGAUUUUCUCACAGUUCCAACCUUAUUACUCAUCGACAAAUCCAUAGUGGAGAAAAACCAUAUAAAUGCUUGGAGUGUGGAAUGAGCUUCACCUGCAAUUCAGCACUUAUUACUCAUCAACGAAUCCACACUGGGGAGAAACCAUAUAAAUGCUUGGAGUGUGGAAAAGGCUUUGCUGUGAGUUCCGAUGUUACUAAACAUCAACGAAUCCACACUGGGGAGAAACCAUAUAAAUGCUUGGAGUGUGGAAAGAGAUUUGCUCACAAUACACAUCUUACUAACCAUCAGAGAAUCCACACUGGGGAGAAACCAUAUAAAUGCUUGGAGUGUGGAAAAAGCUUUGCUGAGAGUUCCAAUCUCAUGAAACAUCAACGAAUCCACACUGGGGAAAAACCAUAUAAAUGCUUGAAAUGUGCAAAGAGCUUUACCAAUAGUUCAGCGCUUGCUAAGCAUCAACGAAUCCACACUGGGGAGAAAACAUAUAAAUGUUUGGAGUGUGGAAAGAGCUUUACUCACAGUUCACGUCUUACUUUACAUCAACGAAUCCACAUUGUAGAGAAACCAUAUAAAUGCUUGGAGUGUGCCAAGAGCUUUGCUCGGAGUAUACAUCUAACUGAUCAUCUACGAAUCCAUUCUGGAAAGAAACCAUAUGAAUGCUCUGAGUGUGCCAAAAGCUUUUCUCAGAGGUCCAAUCUUUCUAAACACCAACGAAUCCACACUGGCGAGAAACCAUAUAAAUGCUUGGAGUGCGGAAAAAGCUUUGCUGAGAGUUCAGCUCUUACCAGUCAUCAACAAAUCCACACUGGGGAAAAGCCGUAUAAAUGUUUGGAGUGUGGAAAAAGCUUUACCCACAGUUCAGCACUUACUAAUCAUCAACGAAUCCACACUGGGGAAAAACCAUAUAAAUGUUUGGAGUGUAGAAAGAGCUUUACCCACAGUUCAACACUUACUAAACAUCAACGAAUCCACACUGGGGAGAAACCAUAUCAAUGCUCGCAGUGUGGAAAGAGCUUUGCUCAGAGUUCAGAGCUUACUGUCCAUCAACGAAUCCACACUGGGGAAAAACCAUAUAAGUGCUUGGAGUGUGGAAAAAGCUUUGCUGUGAGCUCUGAUGUUACAAAACAUCAACGAAUCCACACUGGGGAGAAACCAUACCAGUGCUUGGAGUGUGGAAAGAGCUUUGUCCGAAGUACACAUCUUACUAACCAUCAGAGAAUCCACACCGGGGAGAAACCAUAUAAAUGCUUGGAGUGUGGAAAAAGCUUUGCUGAGAGUUCAGGACUUACUAAACAUCAACGAAGCCACCUGGGGAGAAACCAUAGAAAUGCUUACAGUGCAGUAAGAGCUUUGCUCAGAUUUCAUAUCUUACUAAACAUCAAUAUAAGCACACAAGAUAGAAAACAUAAAUUCCUGCAGUGUGGAAGGAGCUUUUCUCAGUCUUACGCUUAUAGCUCAUCAACAAAUACACAUGGAGGAAACACUUUGUUGUGAAGAAAAAUCUUGUGAACUACUAAACAAUCUAUAGAAGAGAAGCAAUGUAAGUGCUUGGAGUGUGGAAAGAACUUUUCUUGGAAGCACAUACUUUAAUCCUGACAAAUCCACCUGGGAAAGAUGUUAUAAAGGUCUUGUGCAUUGAAAAUGCUUUACGGCAAGUUUAACCCUUAAUCCCAUCCAAGAGUCUAUACAAAUGAGAAGCCAUAUAAAUGUCCUUAGUGUGGAAAGAUAUUCUGUUGCAGCAGAAGACUUAUCAGAUGUUGUGGUCAUGUGAAAAAGUUUUGUAUCAAAAGAUUUUCAAAAUAAAAUUUUAAAUGGUUGCAAA